AUUUCUUCAUCAAGUUAGAUCUGUAAAUUAUCCUCGCAGGCCAACAGAACAAGACUAUAACCAUGCAGGUUGACGUGAAGGAAUCGAUCAUCAUCAAGCCAGCACACGAAACACUCAAGAAAAAGCUGUGGCUCUCAAACCAGGACCUUCUGCACGUGAAGCUUCACAUGCAGACCGUGCAUUUCUACAAACACCGUGAUUCGUCGCCGGCGUCGGCCGACGGAGAAUUCUUUGACAGUGCGGUGGUGAAAGACGCUUUAAGUCAAGUUCUGGUGCCGUUUUAUCCGGUUGCCGGUAGACUCACGAGAGACCCAAAUGGGAGGCUUGAGAUGGACUGUAAUGGGGAGGGCGUACUGUUUGUUGAGGCUGAAGCCGGUUGCCAGUUGGCUGAUAUUCUUUCUGAUUCGGCUGAGAAUUCAGGACUCGGCUGGCUUGUUCCCUCCGUUGACUAUUUCAACACCAAUCUCCUCUUACCCUUUGCUUCUAACACAGUUAACUCGUUUUAAAUGCGGAUCAAUAUGCAUGGGAAUUGGAAUGUUCCACACUCUUGUCGACGGUAUAGCAGCCGUACGCUUCAUCAACUCGUGGGCUGAUAUCGCACGGGGCCUCCCUAAUCCUCAUGAACCCUUCAUGGACCGCACCGUACUUUCUCCUCGCUCACCACCUUCACCGACGUUUCACCACGCCGAGUACGACCCAGCUCCGACCAUGAACGCGGCAACGCAAACUCAAGACUUCCACUCACUGAGUCAAGUCAAAACAAACUCCACCAUCCACCUCAAGAUCACCCCUGACUUCCUCGCCACCCUCAAAGCCAUGGUUAAUAAUAGUGAAACAAGAACAAAGUACACCUCUUAUGAAGCUCUCGUCGCGCAUAUAUGGCGAGCCGCCACCAAGGCUCGUGGUUUACCUAGUGAUCAAGCUACGAGGUUUCACGUAGCCGUCAAUGGACGAGCAAGACUUUGUCCUCCCAUCCCGGAAGAUUACUUUGGGAAUGUGAUUUUCCAUGCAAGACCGGUGGCUUUGGCCGGAGAACUUCAAACGGAGCCGUUAGUUUCAACGGUUGAGAGAAUCCACAGUUCGAUAAAGAGAAUGGACAACGAGUAUUUGAGAUCAGCCAUUGAUUUUUUAGCACUGCAAGAUAACUUAGAUGCUCUGGUGCCGAUGAAGGGGAAUGAGUUUUACCGGAGUCCGAAUCUUGCUGUCGGGAACUGGAGCCGGUUGCCGACGACGGAAACGGACUUUGGGUGGGGUUUACCGGACUACGUUCGGCCGGCGAGUAUGUAUAGUGAAGGGAAAGGUUAUAUACUGACCAGUCCUGAAAAAGAUGGCAGCUUGUUACUUGCGAUUUGCUUAGAGACUCAUUACAUUCAGCUGUUCAAGAAGCUGUUCCAUGACUUGAAUUAAUUAAGCUUUUAGAAUAAUCAAUAAUUAACUUUUGAAUUUAAUAUUCCA